AGAGACGUUGUUCGGUCCAGGGGGAAUGGCCAGCCGACACAUAUGUAGCAAAAACAUAGCCACUGCUACCAAUUUCUUGUUCUCCAUGUGCUCUGGUGAAGCGCUCGCUUAACGAUGCAUUUUUCGAUCCCGGAUACGCAAGAACUCAAAGACGAGAGCGGAUCUACAUACGUCGCAUACAACAUACAUGUGAAUGGUGCUUUUCACUGUGCCGUUCGCUACAAGCAGCUUCAUAGUUUGCACGAUCAGCUGAAAAAGGUGUUUGGAUCAGCGGCACUUCCUCCAUUUCCACCGAAGAAGCUGCUCCCAUUGACACCAACGCAAACUGAAGAACGACGAGGAUUCCUUGAAAAGUACAUCCAGCUAGCCAGCCAAGAUGCUCGUGUGUCAUCUGACGAGGCUUUCACGGGUUUCCUGCUGUCUGCUCAGCAGGAGACCAUGGGUGCCCCUCCCAAGGAGGUUGACUUUGACGUGUUUCUAAUGAACUGGCAGAAGGUCACAGUCUCUGUACUCUCCACAGACCCCACUGAUGUAAUCAUGGAUGCUGUGGCAAGGGAGAUUGGAUUGCCUCAAGACCUCAUAUGCUACUUUGCUUUGUUUUUAGUAAAAAGGGUGGAUGCGGACAUAAUCAUUCAGAAGCGGCUAGAAAACUUUGAGGCCCCUUACCUCUCCCAAACAUCAGCUGGUCCAGGUCACUGUAUUGUUAUCAGGAAAAGCUACUGGGACAGUGGCUGGGACGAUGCACUGAUGGAUGACCGUGUUGCUCUGAAUUUGGCCUACGUCCAAACGCUAAGUGAUGUGGAACGGGGCUGGGUGGUUGUGCCCAAAGACACACAGCGACAGCUAUCCACCCUUCAAGCCAAGGGCUCUAAAAAGGAGUAUCUACAACUGGCACGGACUCUCAAGUAUUAUGGCUAUCUACAGUUUGCUCCUUGCUUCUGCGACUAUCCUCAACCCGAUACACGUGUUCUCAUUAGUGCCGGUGGUAGGGAGCUCAAUUUCAGGCUUGCCUUAGCACAGGACCAGUACAAAGAAAUCAGCUUUCGAGUCACAAGGAUACGAUGCUGGAGGAUCACAACUGCUGUGAUAGACCAUGCAAACGGAGAGUGUUCUGGGAACUCCCAAAGUUCAGAUGGAAAGCACCAGAGGCUGGAGCUUUCAUUCGAGUACCUGAUGAGCAAGAACAAGCUCCAAUGGAUCACAGUGGUCAGCAGUCAGGCCAUCCUGCUUAGUGUGUGCCUGCAAGGCAUGGUGGGUGAACUGCUGCUGAAGAAGCAAGGUGCCAACCGGCCCCAGAGUAACAACUCUCGCCAGAGGCCGGGCAGUGGUCGCCGUGGCUCGUGGAGCUUCCUCAAGCGCGAUGGUUCCAGCUACCAGAUCUCUGUCAGCCGAUCUGCAUCCACCGACGGUAUUGUCCACGAAACGCGAGAGGAUGGCAAGUCUAGGACGAGGGAGGCCACGCGAAAGCACAGCGAUCCUAAACGUAACAGUGGGAUCAUGUCUCCAAAGGCUACCAUGGAGAAUGACGCGUUUGAAGGCAUCGGUGACGACGACCUUUGAGCAUCGUUUUAUACAAUGGACUUGAAAGAUGUGACUGGUGACAUGUGCUCUUUUUAAGGAUGGGUGUUGGCAUGAAGUGUUGAGUGGUUGAAAUGCUUCCAUGGCCUAGUGUUGUGAGACUUUGUAAUUCCAACAGCGAGUGCCAGAGGUUUGUUAUCAAAAGCUUGAUUGUGGAUACUGUCCUUGUGUUUCUACUUGCUGACAUUUGUUGCAAUGUGUAUCAAUCAGAAAUGGUGUUUUGUCUUGCUGGGUGGCUGAAGUAUGGCUUUAAUUUUGCUUUUUUUUCAUGGUUAACGUGGCAACAUUUGUGAAUGAGUUUAUCCUGUUCCACAUCUUAUCCCUCUAUGCACAAUCACUCUGUUUGUGGCAAAGGUUUGUAUAAAAUGCUUAAUCCUUGUCUACAAUGCUCAACUAACUGAUAAGUAAAGCACAGAAGGGACAGGUGCUGUAGUUGCGGUAAUUGCUAGUUUUCGAGAAGUGGAGUAUUUUUGGUGGUGUCCAAAUACGACCCCUAGAGUGAGUCUGUAAUGACGUGUAUUCUGUUACUGCAAUUUUGCAUUGUUAAGAGACGUUGCAAAGAAACACCUUAGUGUUAAAAACAAAGGGAUGUAAAGAGAAAAGAACAGCAUGCAAGGCAUGGGCCAAUUGGAAAAGGAUAAAGCAGAAUACUUUUGGCAAAAAUUUUUCAAGUUUUUCUGCACAAUUGCUUAAUACUUCUGGUUACUGCUGUAUUGAAGCACCUGUCCUGUGUGGCACCCCAUUCACAGCACAUUCUUUUAAUGACAAAAUUGAUUUGCAUGUCCUUUAUUCGGGCUGUUUAGCAAGGGAAUAAAAGAAAGCUAGAAAGUAAAUCUUUCUCGCUCAGAAAGUAUACCGUACAAAUUGGCGGCAGUUGAAGGAUUGCAUGAAUUGUUAUAGUUAAAUCCAGUGUUUAUAUACUGCCACUAUUAAUAUUAACUGCGCGCUUACACUCUGUCAGUGCACUAGCUGGAAUGAAACUGGUUUUAGGCAUGAAAAAACAAGGAAUUAGAAGAGACUGCAGUUUUAUAGUGCUGUGAGCAGUCUAGAUCUUUCCUGAAUUCGAACACCUUUCUACUUUUUAUUUUGAUACUGGCCUUCUUCAUGAAGGACCACUGUUCUCUUUCCAUAGCAAAAGCUAUUAACAAUGACUGACGCGAGGCCAUCCAGUGUGUGUUUCGUUCCUGUGGCAUGAAUUACCCCGUCGGCGGCUUUCAACAUUUCUUGCCUUUGCCGCAGUUGCUUGGACAUUUCCUGUAGAAACAGAGUCCUUGGUCUCAUUUUCGAAAGCCUGGAGUGUGGAUUUGUGACUCAUUUGUAGCACUGUGUACAUAUCUGGCACUGAAAGAGUGAUGUGGAUUUUUCCAGAGUGCGUGUUAGGCAUGGUUGUAGAGUGCAGUUCAAGACAUAAAAUUUGCGCAAGGCUUAGCUAUUAUUGUAGCACAACAGCAUGCCAGAAAUGUGACCUGAAAAUUGUUAGUGUUCUGGCUAUGUGUGGGAACUCAUGCACUCAAUGUGUACGUAUGACAACGAAUCUAAGAGCGUAAGCUAUCACUGUUUGUUUCUAGGCUUUCUUAUGGUUAACUUUUUGUGCAUACUAAACAUCGUGCUUGGCUGUAGCCUCUCUGCAAUUUAUUUUGUUUUCUUUAAAGCUCCCCGCAUGCUCGUUUCCCAUCUCACAGUGACACUUCUCACUGUUGUCGGGAUGUAGCAUGUUAUCGUUGCUGGUGGAUGCCAUUUUAUUUUGUAGAGUACCUAUUGAGCGCUUACCUUACAUUUGGCGCUGGGUAACCUAGCGUAUUACACUUAUUGCAUCAGUGCAGCUUCUCUGGAGUGAGGUUAUUAAUGUUUGCAUGAGGUUCUGUUAUAGUGAGAUUUGUUGGGCCAUCACGUCAGCCUCGCGUGUUGGGAAAGUCCUGGCAUUUCGUCUUCUUUCUCAAAAGUAACACUGUCAAGGCCACACUGUGUUUAGUUGUGUUGAGAUUAGUCCCACUUGUUGGCAUAUUAUCAUGUUCGGAGCCAGGCUCACGUAUUACAACAUAAGGGCCAUCGUUUCUUUAUAUUAUAUAUAUACACAUGUAUACAAUGCCAGAUUGUUUUAUUGAUUUUUUUACGCUGUUACUCUUAUUCGUAGAACAGCCAAGCUGCGUCUCUUGCCAGGUUUGUUUUUUUCCUGGCUGGCGUGGUGAAAUUAUCGGUGCCGGUUCUAAACCGUUGUUUCUUUUUCUUUUGAGCAUGAGCUACCUUUUACUGCUGUUGUUUGCAAGCGUCCUUUUUAUGUCCGUACAUCCGCCUGCUUCCAGUGGCUGUAGGGCUUCGGAAAGUUGCCAAAUUUGUUGAUCUUCCGCUAUUUUUUUUUUUUUUCGUGGGAGUUUAUAUUGAAAUCUCAGUUAUAUAAAGAUGGAUGAUUCAGCUUGUGCAGAAUAAUCAUGUUCUGUGUUGUCUGCUGGGGACGUUUAAACCAUUUAAAAAAAAAAGAAAAGCAGUGCCCUUUGUAUGUGUACUGCAUGCAAAAAAGUGAUGUUGUAGUUGAGAUUGCCUAGAUGGCUUUUACAAUUGUUUUUGCAACACCCGGAUUCAGUGCCAAAGUCAAUGAAAGAAAAGUUUUAGUUGCCACCAUGCUAGAUAUGCUUGUGCAGUCAUUGCAGAGCAGCUCACUAAUAUGCCAAUUUUCACGGCAGAGGGUUACAGUAGGCAAUUUCCUGUUGUUGAACAAGAAAUGCCAUUUUUGUUACAGUUCUCUAUGUUUUUGCAUGAACAAAAAUAGCACACGCGGUCAUAGCUAUGUAAUCAACUUUUCUUUGCAGUUUCAGGGCCAUAUUGCUUACAUAAUGCUAGCGUAAUGAUCACACGUAUCAUGCAUUUUUCACUAUACGAUGGGAAAAUAUUUGCAUAUUUUUGGUCAGGAAGUAAGUGUUUUGUUUAGAAGUCUCUACUUAAUGUUGACUUGCUGAAAUAUUUGGCUUUGAUGUGCUUGGAGAGUACUAUCAACAUUGAGAGCCCAAAAUAGGGUCUGCACGCUGCCCUAUUGUGCUGAAACAGAAAGGGGAAAAAGAGAAGAUAAAUUGCAUCAGUCGAGCGAUUUCACUUUGUAAUAAACUAAGCGAUAGCAUAUGGCAUUUGUACUCGUGGAGAAGGUUAUGGAACUUGCCCCAUGUUCAGGGGCUUCUUCGUUAACAGAUAUUCCCCAAAUAUUGCUACAAGUUUUUUUUUUAUUAUUAUUAGAUGCCAUAACUGACAAAAUAUUCACAGCUUUGUUUGGGAUAGUUUACAACCGAAUAUUUCUCGUGAUAAAGCAGCGCAGCUGAGAAAACUUUUUUUUUUUGUGUGUGGUUGUUACGUCACACAAGGAGUUCUGGUGGUCAGGCUCACAUUUCAAUGCUUUAAGAUCCAGAUUGCUUAAUGGCCCAGAAUGCAAGAGUGAUCUGUGUGUUACAAGUGUAAGAAGUGGCAAUUUUUAUGCGCAGUUUGCAUUACUUUGCAGAGCAUACUAACAUAUAGCAUGGCAUACUUUAUACUGCUUGUACAUAGAACUGUAUAGCAAAGGGGAUCAGAAAGGAAAGAGGGAAGUUACAUCUAUAUGAAUACAUGUAUACAUAUAUAAAUACGAUGCAUAUUUUUUGUAUGUGAGGGGAAGAAUUGAAACUUCCACUCAAAUUCAGCUGUCUGAAUGAAGUUGUGGCGUUUGUUACUAGACAGCUUUAGCUCACUCUUUUCGGUCCACUCUGCCUAGUUGGAUCACUGCAAUGCAUGUACACAUUAUUGACACUGGCAGUUAAUGGUAGGAUGUAAUUUUAAUGUGAUGAGUGCGCCAAGUUAAGUGCAAUGUGACAUGCGUUCAUUUUGCUUGUUAUUAGUGCUUGUAUCAAAUGUGAAAUUGACAUGGCUAUCCGCCAAGUGAACGAAGCGUGAGCAGAGUGGACUGUGGGAGAUACUGAGCUAAAGGUCUUUCGGUGGGUGUUCUAUUUCAGUGCGAGCGCAGCUUUUGAUGCCUGCCUGAAAUAUAGGUGGAUGGGAUUGUAGGUCGCUGCUGAAUGUUCUUUCCCCACUCCUUGUUACAAUUUUGGUGCCAAUUUACUUCCGAAGGAUAUGUUCUGUGACAAUUUGUAUUUAGCAUGGUUCUUUAUGCGGUAUUCGUUGUGGCUCGCAUUGCAGUCAUUUGUGGAAUGGAGCAGGGCGUUCUGCUCAUUCUGACAGAGGCAGUCUCUAAGGAGGAUGGCCUGCUUGUCUGCUUCAGGAUAUGGAGUAGGGCCUUUUACUGUAUGAUUAGAGAAGGCUCAAACACACUUAUAACAGUGCUGCUAGACAUGCUGUGCGACUGACUGGCUCAAACACACUUAUAACAUGCUGCUAGACAUACUGUGCAACUGACUACAGUUUAACCUCAAUAUAACUGCCAUGCUCUUAUUUCAUUGAAAGAAACAAGACAAUAUGCAAUACUUGUGUCAAUACUGAUUACAGCAAAGCAAAUAUUUGUUUACCAAAAGCUCUAAAUAUGCAUUCUGGUGGAAAAGAUGUCACAUGCGAAGUAAGCAGCAACUCGAAAUGGCAUGCAUACGUCAAGCCAGCCAUUUCUCUGUAUGAUCACACCACUCAUACGGUUACAUAUUAACAAUGGCCCAAAUAUCGCUUGUUAAGUUUCAUCGAUCUGCCGUCUGUUGGCAUGAAAAUUGAUACACAGGCAUUUAAAGUUGAUGGGUGACCCUUUGCUUACCUUUUGUAGGCAUCAUGCUUCAGUUUUUCUCUUUAGCUCACAUCCGAUCACGAUUUUUUUUUUGUGGUGGUGUCAGCAUGUAUGCAUGCACACUUAUAAGUACAAUAUUUUUAUGUCAGACGCGAUGUUGUUAUGAUGAUGUUUGACCUUGUCUUGCACUAAGGCCACGAAUGGCUUUAUAACGAGAUAACAGAUGAAUAUAAUGAGCUUUGAAAGUGACAAUCUCUUGAAAGUAAGCAAAAUCAUUCAUGAAUAAUUUUGACUACCCCUUGGCAAGCUGCAUUACCAUGCCACACUUGUUGUAGAAGAUAAUGUAAAAGCUUAAUCUUUGUAAUAAUUCGGAUCAGCCCUUGGAGAUUGGCUCUGUAGAAAUGGAAAUUGGCAUAAAUGUGUUUGGGUUAAGCCCACUGUCGGUUUAUAAAAGAUUUUUUUGUCAACAUGGCAAAAUAUUUGUCAGUAGGCACUCAUUACCUUUUCCUAAAAUGCUCAUCUGUUCAUAGCAUGUUUGGCUGUAGGUUCAUAGCCUUGUCACCACCUGAGAUUUCAAGACAGAAUUGUGUGUGAACCCUGUUUUGAUUUCGUCUGCAUUUGUUUUAGGUGCUUUCAAAAACAAAAACAGUACUGUUCAUUCUGAAAAAAACAUCAAGUGUUGAGUUGUGUGUAUGAGAAUAUGAAAUACACCCAACUGUAUCAGAGCCAAUAGGGCUGUUGCAAUUCACGUUUAUAACUACCUAAGUUUCGAGUUAUUUUAGGUCAUCUGUUACUUUCUUAAGCUUUGGCAACAGGUCACAUUGAUUGAGAAAAAAACAAAUAUUUCUGCAGUUUACUGUUGGGUUUCCAAAUUGUGCACUGCUGCUUGUCCCCCCAGCCUGGCAUUCUGGGUUUAAUGUUAGUUUUAUAGAUGGGCAUUCUUUAAUCCCUGAUGAAAUUUGGCAUGAAAAUUCUUUGGCUGUAGCGCUUAGUGCCAUUUAAAAGCAAGAUAAACUUGUUUCGUCGGAAAUUUUCCUUUCAUCUGUUCUCUGCAGUCUUCAUUUGCUAUCCACAUUUUAUUAUUGUUUUUCUAUGUGAUGGUGAACUUUAUGUACAUGGAACUUACCCUAUAGUACCAUGAAUGUAUGCUCUUUUUCCUUCCUCCUGAGGUGCGGCCCUGUUCAAUAUACAUUUUUAUAUGCUACGGUAUGUGAUAAACUGACUUUGAUCUUUGUACUUUCUCCACAGCUUUUGUCAAGCAUUUUGCUUGCAGUUUAUAUUCUCACAAUAUGGGUAUAAUAAAUUAACCCAGCUGUAGCUGUCUUUCGCUGUUUUGAAACC